AUGGACAACUCGAUCUGGGGGAACAGCGACACAGCCCAAAUGAAGUGGAUGAUGGGCUGGAGAACCUCCUCCGUGGCCUUGAGGAGCGAGGAUGGUGCCUUGCAUGUGGCGAGUACUGGCACACGGUGGUAUGCUACCCCCUCCAAGAAGAAGAGGAGGAGCUGCCGUCCCAGAAAAGGGGUCCAGCAACCAUUAGGGGGGAGCACGAGCGUCCACAGCCCAAGAGGGGUGAGUCCCGUGUCUCCAACGCAAGUAACCCAUGUAUGUCCCGCUGUUUCCACCACCAGAGGGAGACUACCUGCAGUUCCCGCCUUCACAGCAGAGGAAGAUAGCCUGCUGUUUCCGCCUCCACCAGCAGAGGAAGAGCCUGCUAUUUCCAACUCCACCACUAGAGGGUCUACCUGCAGCUCCCACCGCAAGAGGGAGACUACCUGCAGCUCCCGCCUACACCACCAGAGCUUGGAGGAGUAUGUGUAUCUGCAGGUGGUCAGAUUCACGAUAGAAACUCUGGAAGUUGCAGAUGAGAUCUCAGUGGGCUACCGGAUCAUCACGUACUGCCAGCCCUCUCAGAAAUGUGUUGACCAGGAGGUGAAGGCAGCAUCUCAAAGACAUGAAGAUGGCUCUGAGCCCAUUCUAGCAGUGGUGUCUUCUGAGUAUGUCACCUUCAAGCACAUCUGGUAUUUCUAUUCUCUACCAUUGGUGAUUAUGUCUCAUGGACACCCUAAUACAGAUUAUGAAGACUACUGGCAGAACAAUGAGCUGGGUGCUCUGGAGGCUGUAUUGUCUCUGCUUGCCCGGGCUACCUGGAACCUGGUGGUUAGUGUGGAGAUCAGUGAGCAGCGCAAUUUGGACCUGAAAAAUGUGGCCCAGGAGUUAGUGCAACGCAACGGGCAGGAGAUCUGCAUUGAGCUGAACUACCAGGGCUGCUUCUGCGUUGGCAAAUACAGUCAGCUCGCCAAGGAGAUGAUCAACUACAGGCAGGUUUACUUUGAUCUGGGGCUUUGA